CGCUGUUUGUUGUCAUCCCAAGAUGGAGUUUCUGCUGGGGAACCCGUUCAGCACCCCGGUGGGGCAGAGCCUCGAAAAGGCCACAGAUGGCUCCCUGCAGAGUGAAGACUGGACACUUAACAUGGAGAUCUGUGACAUUAUCAACGAGACAGAAGAAGGCCCAAAGGAUGCCAUUCGAGCACUGAAGAAGAGGCUGAAUGGAAACAAAAAUUACAGGGAGGUCAUGCUGGCUCUGACGGUGUUGGAGACCUGUGUGAAGAACUGUGGCCACCGCUUUCAUGUCUUAGUGGCAAACCGGGACUUCAUCGAUGGCGUGCUGGUGAAAAUCAUCUCACCCAAGAAUAAUCCCCCUACCAUUGUCCAGGAUAAAGUACUUGCACUGAUUCAGGCUUGGGCUGAUGCCUUUCGGAGUAGCCCUGACUUAACUGGUGUGGUGCAUAUUUAUGAAGAGCUCAAGAGGAAAGGCAUAGAGUUUCCCAUGGCAGAUCUUGAUGCUCUGUCUCCAAUACACACACCUCAGAGGAGUGUUCCUGAAGUUGAUCCUGCAGCAAAUAUGCACAAUUCACAGUCUCAGCAAAGGAUGAGCACCAGCUCUUACUCUUCAUCUUCUCCAACGGCGUAUUCUGCUCCUCAGGCCCCAGCUCUGAACGUGACUGGUCCCAUCACUGCUAAUUCUGAACAGAUUGCUCGGCUGCGCAGCGAACUGGAUAUUGUUCGUGGGAACACAAAAGUGAUGUCUGAAAUGCUGACAGAAAUGGUGCCUGGACAAGAGGAUUCCUCAGACCUUGAGUUACUCCAGGAGCUGAACCGAACCUGUAGAGCUAUGCAGCAGAGAAUUGUGGAGCUUAUCUCACGAGUGUCCAAUGAGGAAGUCACAGAGGAGCUGCUGCAUGUGAAUGAUGAUUUAAAUAAUGUCUUCCUCCGAUACGAAAGGUUUGAGCGCUACAGAUCGGGACGUUCAACACAAAAUGCCAGCAAUGGAGUACUGAAUGAGGUGACAGAAGAUAACUUAAUAGAUUUGGGCCCUGGCUCUCCAGCUGUAGUGAGCCCCAUGGUUGGAAACUCAGCCCCCCCAUCCUCACUCUCCUCACAGCUUGCAGGGCUUGACUUGGGUACAAACAGUGUCAGUGGCACACUCAGCUCUCUACAACACUGUAAUCCUCGUGAUGACUUCGACAUGUUUGCACAGACAAGAGGCAGUUCCUUGGCCGAGCAGCGAAAGAAUGUGACAUACGAGGAUCCACAGGCUGUCAAAGGACUGGCGUCUGCCCUGGACGUGCGAAAACAGAACACAGGAGGGAGGAGAGGUAAAGGUGGGAACUCAGACAUGGAGCCCAUAGACAAGUGGCUAAUUACACAAGGAAUGAUCCCUGUUGCACAGUCCUCUGUCAUGGAUGACAUUGAGGAGUGGCUCAGUACCGACUUGAAAGGAGAUGAACUGGAAGAAGGAGUGACCAGUGAAGAAUUUGACAAAUUCUUAGAAGAGCGAGCCAAGGCAGCGGAGAUGGUUCCCAACCUGCCGUCCCCUCCUCUGGAAGCCCCCAGCCCUCCUACAAAUCCCUCCAGCAGGAAAAAGCAGGAGCGCUCGGAGGACGCCCUCUUUGCACUGUGAGGAUGGUGCCGAUGCCCUCCCACCCCAGGGCAGAUGUCUCUGUGUGGCCUCUGGGUCCUCUCACAGCACUUGGCUAACAAUGACCCCCUUCCCCUCGCCCCCAUAGAUUCCUUCUCCUUCCUCCCUUCCCCAAAACAAUCCACCCCCACAAGCUGACUCUUUCUAUUUAAGUCCAACACUAGUCCUGCCAGACCACGAUUCUCCAGCCCUCACUUAAUCCCCUCCUUCCUAUCCCAGCUGCACAAAACCAGCUCUUGAUGCUGAAAAACCCCUUUAGAAUGCAUGAGUACGUCACACUGUGUUGAAACAAAAGCCCGGAGGGGAGAGAGCAGCCUUGCCCUUCAAUUUGUGUAGGGAUCAUCCUCUUCUGUAGGCAGGUCCUGCCAAGUAGACUGCUCUGUCGAUCAGCAUGUAAUUGACUGAGCUGGAAUGUUCAGGGGGAGUGUGUCUUUAUUUUUAGAUAAAAUGUUAAUGUAUUGGCUUUCGUGUCAGAUUCGACAGCAAGGAACAACUGUUCCCCUUUCAACGUGUGCUUCACAAGUUAAAAUCCUUUACUCUCCCACUCACACAUCUCCCAGUACCAUAUGGUGGUCGCUUCUCCCCACUUCGUGUGGCGCUUCAUAUUCUGGAGCUCACAGGGUUGGUUUUCUUUUUCCUUGUGUUUUACCUGGGCUUGCUCUGGUUUGAAGGCAGUCUGUUGGCCAUGUCCAGUAGCUCUGGCAGCUGAUGAGAGUGAAGAACACUGAGCUAAAUGGAUGCUGUAACAUUAGUGCACGAAGCAUUUUGCUCUUUGGGAGAGCAUUCUCACAUGAGGAGGUGUUUUUUUUUUCUAGGGUGUUUGGCUUUUAAAAUAGCUGUGUUAUUUUUUCUUACCUUACAUUCAUUCUUCAGUGACUGUAGAGCUCUGCAUUUGUCUCAGCUGUUGUAAAUAACAUCCAUGCAGAUGGAUGGGACUUGCUCAUGGGCUGGGUGUGAUCUGAGGUUCCUGGAUUCCCUGCCAUGCCUGGUAGGAUAGACGUGCUGGUUCUUGGUGCUAGGUGUGAGAAAAAGAGGCAAACCUCAUGAAGGCUUGUAUGAAAACACUGAGGGAGAUGGUUACCAGGGAGGGAUUAUCCAUGCCUGCCUGGACUGGAGGUGAAACUCCUUCUUUCCUUCUAGGUUUGGGUCUGAGAAUAUGUUGGAUGAUUGUGGCCAUGCUAUUUGACAUUUUUGGAGUGUCCUUAGAUACCUCUGCCCCUUUAUUAACUCCCAGCUCCUCCGGGGCUGUGCUCUCCCUCCUGCCUGUGCAAACAAGAAUAUUCCCUUGCUUGCCAGAGGCACAGCCGAGAGGGCUGGAGCUGCCUCCUGGAGCUGCCAGAAGGGAUUCCAGCAUGUGUGCCUGCCUCUCUGAGCUGACAAGCAGAGCUGGAGCAGGCAGCUCCAGCCAUGGCUGCAUCCCCCAGCAUGUUCUUUGGUCAGAAGCCAGUGGUGCAAGAUAGCAGGAUCAAAGAGUGAGCAGGAUGCUGCGUGGCAGGGAGAACCUCCUGUCCUGGCAGGAAGGCACUUCUGCAGAUGAACACCCAUGCAGGCAGCAGCUCCAGCCCCUCUUCCUCGGGGCGCUCAUUGUCUUGGGCAACCAGCCACUUUGUUCUGACUUGGUAUGUCUGAGCUUCCUGGGAUGCUGAUGUGGUUUUGUUCUCAGAAGUUGUCCUAGACCAAGGAGCUGUGCUACAGAGAUCUGAUGUGAAACUGAGAGAAGCUUUUCUCAGAGCAGUUAUUUCAGCUCCUAACAUGCUCUCUAGGUUAUGUGGUGCUUCAGUGGGUUGUGACACAUAAAACCUUUUACCAAGUGGCCCCAUUGCAGCACUGAUGGUCUUUGAGAGGAGUCACACUCAUCUUCAGAGGGAAGUGUUGUUUGGUGCAGGGUUUCCAGGCUGUCCCAGGUCAGAUACCACUCUGUGCUCUCCCUGCUUGUCCUCUCUGUCCUGCCCUGCCUGCAUCCUUUUCUAGCAUCCCUCUAUAUGUAGCUGGGCCCAGCCCAGGCUACUCGGCCACCCCUCAGCACUGACUUGGCACCUCCUGCCUGCUCCAUGGCUCCCUGCUCCAUGGCUCACUGCUUCCUGCUCCAUGGCUCCCUGCUCCCUGCCAGCUCCAUGUUGUACAGAAGGCAGCAGGGCUUGCAAGGGGACGGGGACAAUCAGUGCAAGGAUAGAGAAGGCCUGGGGAUCAAACUGCCUCUUGUCCCCACUUGCUGGCUCUCUCCCCACCUGAAACCCUUCUGUAUGGAUCUGCAGAAGGUUUCUCUCCAUUUCAUCUUGUCUGUGGCUAAUGGUAAGUGCCAGGACAGUCUGUCUUGGCUGUGUGUGUGUGCUGCUGCUCUCACCCACUGGUCUUGGCUUUUAACACAAGGUGAGCUCCAGUGCUGGCUGCCAGACACCCCACUGCCUGCUCCUACCAGACCCUGCUUUGCUGCAACACAUCAGAUGUGGCCACCACCUCCCAGAAACCUGAGGAACCUUCUGCUGUGAUGCUGAUUUGAUUGCAGAGAGUGUCUGGUGAUUGCCUGAGCAGUCUCGCCAGCGCAGAAUGAAUUGUUGGUAUUCCUGUCAAUGCAAAAAGCUCUGUGGGUGUUUUAAAUGUGUAUUUUGUCUUCUAAAUCCUUGAAACACAUUGACCCUGUAAAUGGCCACAUCAGGUGAUUCUAAGCAUGUUAAUCCAGCUUCCCUGCCAAGCCAGAGGAGAUAAUCGCAUUGCUGAAGCCUGGGGACUCUGUCCAAUGAUGCUGAGUGGCAAGGAUGUCACCAGCACUGUCACCCAGCUCCCUGUGGUGGAUUUGCUGGCCUUUCUUCCCCCACCCCUAAGCAAAAAGCAGCAGGGGAGGGGGUAUGGGGGGUGUGCUGUUAAAAUAUCAUUCUGUCGUGCUAAACCUGUCCUGGGACUUUCAAGUUGUUGAUGUAGAGAGAAUCUGGUCCCUUCCCGGAGGAUCUUGCAGAGCUGUCAGUGACUGCUCCCUCUGACCAGGGGGGAAAAGAGAUGAACCAGGAAGGCCGGGGCCAAGGGGAGAUCAGGAGCAUGUGUUGGCACGACUGGAAGGAUUCUCUUCUGUGCUUGCAACCUCAGGCACUCCAUGAUCCCCACGGAAGCCCCAUGUUAUCCCCUGGGAAGCAAGAGCACUGUGUGCAGGGCACCGUUGGCACCGCCUGUGGCUUUGCUGGAAAUAGGGCAGCACUUGGGAGGUGUCUGCCCUGGGGGGAGGUGCCAGUGGGGCAGUGGCUAAAUGGCCUUUCUUGGGACCCUUGGUGAGUCUGGUAAAAGCACAGCCCUGCCAGGACUUAAAUUCCAAGCCUGAAUCCACCAGACCUGGCUCUCCAGGCUGAGCACCUGGGGGCUGGAAGCACCGAAGGGGACAGAGCGUGUGGCAGAGCAGAUGGUUUAGCCCAAACCUCUAACAAAUGUAAGAGCUGUGCUAGAGCUAAUGUCCUGUAUCAGGAUCUCUCAUCUUCCCCAUCCUCUUGUGGUCUGCAGAAAACCUGUGUGGUGGAAACUGUCUGGGGGAAAGGGAAGGGGUUUUUCACUUCAGAACACCAACCUCUUGAUUUAUUCUUCCUUUGCUUUCUCUCUGAGUGCUCCCUCUGUGCAGGUGGGCAGAGGGCUCUGACACUUGCCAGAAGCCUGAUCAGCUUUCCAUGAGAAAUAACAUCCCAACGCUCUCUAGGCCUGUUAGGAAUCGCAGCUUGACACUCAAUGACACUAAAUUAUUAUUGGGGACCUUUGUAAGUUCUAAUGAUACACUAUUCUAGGUUAAAAAUAUUUAUUUUGUCAAUAUAUUUUCUUCCCAGUGUGUUUUUUAACCUCUGCUCUUAACCCUUCCUGUGCUGAGAUGUAAGAAAUGAAUUGUUUCUAUUUAAAUCUAUCCCUUUGGGGUGUUUUGAUUUUUUUUUAAUUGUUAUGCAUAGAUUUCAGCUGCAUCUUUAGCAGGUGUAGUAGGUAACAAUGUGCUGUACAGACACGUAGGGUGGUAGUGUGUAGGUGAGGCUCAUAGGAGAACUGCUCAUAAAAACGUAGCAUGGUGUCUUUUAAAGGGAACAGCAUCAAAGUCCUAACUGGGACCCUCAUGUAGCCUCCAACACACCUUUCCCCUCCCUACUACCACAGCCUCUGCCUCUGUGCUAAUCCAAUCAGCUCUGCCCUUUCCAGGGCUGCUUGCACACCCCUGAGCUGAAGACGGGUUUUAAUGGAGGUUUCCUUCAGUUUGACUUCAUUCCAUUUUGUUGGAGUUUGGGUUUUUUUUAUGGGAUCCAUUGGCUGUUUCCACUUUUCCAUGGAGGACUCGGCUGGCUGUGGUGGCGAGAUGUUUCCCUCCAGUGGUGGAAGAGCAGACCCGGGCAGUGGUUUUAGCCCCAGGGCUGGGUGGUGGUCCCGCUCCCCCCACUCUUCCCCUUCCUCUCUAUUCAACACUUUCCUGCUUUCAGCCACGAGGACAGGACAUGCAGGCCAGGAGAGCAAACCCAGCAGCAUUUGCAACAGUCUUUUUCAUCCCGUGGGCUGUCAAGUCUAUUUUUUUUGCAGCUGCUGGGGAGUCCUGUGGAGUGGGAACUGCUGGUGCUGUCUCCAUCCCCAGGCCAGCCUCCUCCAGCUCAGUCAUUGUUUACCUCCCAAACACCAACCACAAGGCUUGCUGAGCCCACCCUGGAAAAAAACAGCUCAGGAGAGUUAUAUUUAUGGAAAUAAUGAAGCAGGCAAUCAACGAGUGGAUUUAUAGCCUUCUUGGAGGUAACCCUUCAGCUGCAGGGGGCACCCCCCUGCCCUUGCCCACCAGCAGAGGAGAGGAGGCAGGAAUCCCCUUCCCAGUGCCCGGAGGCAUUGCUGGUGCCCCCAUAGCACCUUCCACUCAUCCCUCCACCACAGCAGCCUCCAGAGUGGGCUGCACCUACCUGCUCCAUCCUCAGGUUGCUCCUCCAUCCAGGAGAGAGGCAAGGUUGCAUUCACUGGCUUCCCAGCUUGGGGCUGGUUCUCUUUAGCCCAUGGCCGACCUGCACCCAACUCCCCACCCUGCUCUGACCUUUUAUGAGCAGGAGCUCCUCAAUUCUGUACAUGUUAUUAUGAGCUGUCGUUAACCCUACAAAUGUAACCUGUGUAAUAGCUUCUCUGUAUAUUACAGCUGUAGGCUUUCCAGAUAAAAGUGGAUAAUAUUUAUUUACUGAAGAUACUGGAUAUUUUUUUGUUUGGGAAUGGGGUAGGGGGAGAAGGGGGACAUAACUGUUUAAAGAGAUGGACUGUGUAAAGAGGAACAAAAUACACAACAAGCAAAGAAACCCAACACUAAAAAUGUUGCUGAAGUGUAGAAAGUGCACAUGUAGAAAGUGUUUCCGUAGAAAGUGUUUCCGUUACGGACGAUACAACUGUAUUAAUCUGCCGUUGUUUAACCUGCUCCAGAAAUCAUCUCGACUUUGGUUCCUGCAUGUGAGAUACUCCAAUAAAUACACUACUAGUGUGA